GGAGGGGUACUAAAGCUGGCAACUCGUUAAAAAGUGCAUUAUUCAGAGAGAGAACUUGCUAGUACAACUACUGCGGGCAGACGAAUUUUAACUGUAGCUCAACAUUUGCCUUCCAUAAAAGUGUUGUCUUCUGUCAAGUUAAACUCAGCACACCACCAUGGGUAAGAAAGUUGCUGUGAUUGGUGCCGGUGCCAGUGGACUACCUGCAAUUAAAGCCUGUUUGGAUGAAGGUUUAGAGCCAACAUGCUUUGAACGGAGUGACGAUAUUGGAGGACUCUGGAGGUUCAAGAAAGAUCCUGAAGAAAGCAGAGCCAGCAUUUACAAUUCAGUUAUUAUCAAUACAUCAAAGGAAAUGAUGAGCUACAGUGAUUAUCCUAUACCUGAAGAUUAUCCAAACUACAUGCAUAACUCUAAAGUGCUGGAAUACUUCUAUCAAUAUAUAAACCACUUUCAACUUAAGAAAUAUAUCAAGUUCAAGACAUCAGUUUGCAGUGUUAAGAAACGUCCAGAUUUUGCAACUACUGGUCAGUGGGACGUUACUACGGAACAUAAUGGAAAACAAGAGACACAUGUCUUUGAUGCCAUUCUGGUGUGUGUUGGUCAUCACACAUCUCCAAACCUACCACUUCAUUCCUUUCCAGGAAUUGAAAAGUUCAAAGGCCAUUACUUUCAUAGUCGUGACUACAAAGCACCAGAAGAGUUUAAGAACAAAAAAGUAAUUGUGGUUGGUAUUGGAAACACAGGAGUUGAUCUGGCUGUGGAACUCAGUGGCGUUGCUAAACAGGUUUAUCUCAGCACCAGGAGAGGAGCCUGGCUGUUGAAUCGUGUCUUUGAUAACGGCUUUCCAUUAGAUAUUGUCCUCUUCACAAGAUUUUUUGGAUUAUUUCAAGAUACUUUCCCAUCUCUAAUAAACACCUUCUUGGAGCGUAAAGUCAACUCUAGAGUUGAUCAUGAUAAUUUUGGUCUAAAACCCCAGCACAGGAUGCUCAGCCAACAUCCUACAAUCAGUGAUGAUCUCCCCAAUCGCAUUAUCUCUGGCAAGGUGCUGAUAAAGACCAACAUCAAAAGGUUUGAGGAGACAGAUGUCGUAUUUGAAGAUGGGACAGUGGAGAAGGACAUAGAUGUUGUGAUUUUUGCCACAGGAUACAAAUUUUUCUUUUCUUUUUUUGAGGAUUCAGUCAUAAAAGUAGAAAAAAACCAAGCUCCAUUAUAUAAAAUGAUGUUUCUACCACAUUUGGAAAAACCAACAGUAGCUUUUAUUGGCUGCAUACAACCACUUGGGGCUAUAAUGCCCAUUUCUGAGAUUCAGGCUCGCUGGGCAACAAAAGUCUUCAAAGGUGAAAGAAAGUUACCAUCUAUGAGUGAAAUGAAGGCAGAGAUCACAAAAAGAAAAGAAGACAUGAAGAAGAGGUAUGUCGAAAGUGAGCGUCAUACCUUACAAGUUGACUACGUGAAUUACAUGGAUGAAGUAGCAGAAGAGAUAGGCUGCAGACCCAGUGUGAAGAAGCUAUUUUUGUCAGAUCCAAAGCUGGCCUGGGAGAUAUUGUUUGGGCCCUGCACUCCAUACCAGUACCGUCUGUGUGGACCUGGGCAGUGGAAAGAUGCCAGGAAAGCCAUUUUAACCCAGUAUGAACGUAUCAUCAAGCCCAUGAAGACCCGGAGCACGAGUGACAAAUGUUCUUGUGGCUUAAUGAAAUUUGCGUUAAAGAUUUUUGCCAUUCUGAUUGUUUUUGCUGCAAUAUAUAUUGCCAUGUAGUUAUAUUACAUAUGUAACUAAUGCAGAAUUCAUUUACUUCUUACGUUUUAGCUCUAUAUUAACUACUGCUUAAAAUCUUCAAAUCAUAAUGAAAGGAGUAUUAUGGUUUCACAAGACUUAAAGAUGUAUUCUCAUCUUAGACAAUGGAGGCAUAUCGCUAGGAUAUACCGCCAUUGUCCGCUGUGACCCACACCUAUAUCGAGAAUUGAGCAGGCAAAGUAGUGGCUGGAGGACUACGGUAUGGUGGGACCCGCAUCCAUCAGACAAUGGGGGCAUACCCUAGCAAUAUGCACCCAUUGUCUCAGAUGAGAAAAUUCAAUGUUACUGUUUGUAUAAUGAAAAGUUAUACAAUUUUCAAUGAUACCUUUUGGGUCAAUUUCUCAAGAUCUCAAGGAUAGGGCAUCAAUAUCUGCUUAUUGGUGAUCUGUAACUCUACACCCUCAUCAAUCAGUUGUUAAACGGGCUGUCCAAAAUUAGAAAAACAUGGUUUCUUUCUUCCAGAAACAGCCCCACACCUGUCCAUGUAUUGCUGCACAGCUCCACUGACGUGAAUGGAGCUGAGGUACAAUACUACACACAACCUUUGGACAGGCACAGUGCCGGUUUAGGAAAAAUGCAGCCAUAUUUGUCUGAUCCUGGACAACCCCUUUAGGCCUGUUUCACAAUUGCGUCAGGAGUUCCAGCAGGCUGUUCUGGCAGUUACUUGGCAAAUAUGGUUGGAUUCAGCCGGACCCCAUUAAAGUCAAUGGGGCCAGUGGGCAUCCCGGUAACAUCCGUCAAUGCCGUAUCCAUAAAGCUCCGACAGGCUGUUCUCUGGCAGAAAUCCUGACAGCGGUGUUAAAGGAGUCUUAACGUGUAGCUUCUACACUGGAAGUCAGCAUGGGAACCACACAGCUCCAUCCAUUGGGUAGUGGACAGAGCUAUUUACUGCAGCACUGCUCCCAUUGCAGUGAAUGAGAGCAGUGCUGCUGUAAUCAGAUCUGUCCACUACACAAUGCUGCAUAGGUCCAGUGCCAGAGCUACUUUAGCACAGCUAAUAGGUGGGUUUUUGGGGGUGAACCCUCACCAUUCAGCUAUUGGUGGCUUAUCCUGAGAAUAGGCUAUCAAUAGUAAAAUCGUGCAAUACGCCUUUAAGGGUACAUCUACAUCAGGCAGUGAAUUUUCUGAGACAGAAAAACUGCAGUGAACAGUAUCUGCCCGAAUUCCAAUGGAGCAAAUUUUGUAGAAAAAUUGUUUGUGGGUUUCUUCAGAUUUUUCUAAGGAUGAAAUCUGCAGUAAGCAACAUAAUUUCACAUGCUGUGGAUUUAAAAGCCACCCUCUAGGUCAAUGUAUGUGCAGAUUCCAAUGCGGACAUAUUCUGCAGCUUGUGGUUGAGACUUUUUUAAAUCUCAUCCACUUUGCUGCUACUGUAUUACACUGUGGGUUUUCUGCAUGCAUUUCCACUGCAGAAAAUCCACAGCAGAUCUGCCCAGUGUCCAAACCCUUCUGGCUCACUUGCAUAAAAAUCUAUCCUGGUGAUGGCACGGCUCGGAUAAUAGUAAGGAGCGGAGGACAUCUGGGUCCAUCACCUGACCAGGACACCACCAUACAAACAAUGAAGCUGCUUUUGAAUAACAGCAAGCAGAGAUCUUGGCGACUGUGGAAUUGAAGAUAAGAAUAAUAUCAUCAUCCAAUAGAUACAUUUGAAAUGCUGUAAUUGGAAUAGUCCGUUUAAGAAGAAAAUGUAAUAUGAUUUAUGCAUUAUGAUCUCUAUGAUUUACAUCUACAAUAUGCUUAUAAGAGCAUACAGUAGACCAUGAAUGCACUUACGUUAGUCUUUCUUUCUGACGCUUUUAUUUCUGAAUACCCCUUUUUGACACUUCCAUCAGGAAGGGGUAUUUUCUUAACUCAAUAUUCAUGCAAAACUAUUUUUUAAAGACUUUUUGGCAGAUUUUUUUUUUUUUUCAUUUGGCAGUACUAUGCCAUUGAGAUAGUACUGCCCCCCCCCCCCCUCAUUCCCUGUGGUGGAAACGAUUUCCAAGUUAGUUUUGUUCCUUUUCAUUGCAUUUGCUUCUCUUUCCAGCCCUAAAAGGAAACACUUCUAAGAAAUAACCAAUAAAAUAUGUUAAGUAAAAAAA